UUGACAUUUCACAUUCUUAAAAUAAAGUGCUGAUCCUAACUGACCUAAAACAGGGAAUUUUUACUAGGAUUAAAUGUCAGGAAUUGAAAACAACCGAGUUUAAAUGUAUUUGGCUAAGGUGUAAGUAAACUUCCGACUUCAACUGUAAAUCUGUUGAUGUGCCCUUGAGCAAAGCUCCUGUAAGUCACCCUGGAUAAGAGUGUCUGCUAAAUGACUUAAAUGUAAUGCUUAUACUGCCAGAAAUAUUAAAAUCGCACCUUUCUAGUAAAAAUAGUUAAAUUGCUCACUUUUGAGGACACAAGCUUAAACACACAGUAUAAAAAAUGAUGAAAACAUAAAAACAUAUCAAGUUUUCCCCUUUCAACAAAAGUGGGCUUGAAAUGAAUGAAGUUGUUUCAAAAUAUAGUAACAAUCAAAUUAUAAACGACUUAUUUCAUCUUUCUUAUAACACUAAAAUAAAUAUGAUCAUACUUAGUGACUGUACAAAAUUGUCCCCAUUUCAUUUAAUUGAUGACAUAAAAUGUUCUGUCAGACGCCAUUUUUUUUAAAUCAAAAUUUAACUAGCUAGGCAAGCCAGUUAAGAACAAAUUCUUAUUUACAAUGAUGGCCUACCGGGAAACAGUCGGUUAACUGCCUUGUUCAGGGGAAGAACGACAGGUUUUGUUUACCUUGUUAUCUCGGGAAUUAUGAUCCAGCACCUUUCGGUUACUAGCUCAACGCUCUAACUUUAAGCACUAUGUGAUUGUAUCCCUCUGUGACGAAGAGAAAGUGGAAUUGUUUCAAUUCUAAAUCCAACUGAGUACAUCCAAGCUAGAUGAUGCUGCUUUUUCUGCAAUUGCUAGGCUCUCCAUUUCAAAUGCCUCAUUGUAAACGGAGCUGCAAGGGUCACCGCCAGAGGAUGUCGAUCCUUUGUCUGGAUAGGCCAGAAAAUAUGACAUGUCGCUCUCUAUGCAAAUAUUUAUCAUGGUGUGACAUUUCACAUACUGUAUCUCAGACGAGAGCAGGACGCGUCAUGCGAAGCGGGACAACCAGAGCUUUCACGGAAUGCACGGCAAUUGAUGUUGCGUCACUCACAGAGUGCUCUGUACACACAAAAAUGUCAGUCGGAACCGGUCCAGAACCGCUCAAAAUCUCCUAAAUAGAUAACUUAAUGUUUAAGAUUAAUACACAACUGUGAAGACUGCACAUGAUGGUUACUGAGUUGAGUUCUCUAAAUCUAGCUGUUGAGGAGGAAAUGAUGUUAGCCAAACAGCAAACACAUAUCAGUGUUGAUAUGGAGCUUUAAGUUUUUUUUUUUACUUAUUUAUCUUCUUCAAUAAAUUAUUAAUCGCCUGAGUUUCCAAAGAGACAUUUAAAUACAAAAUAUUGGUCUACAUCUCACAUUUGGAUAACCUAUAAUGUAUUUCAGUCAAUAAGUAAAUAGUUGGAGUUUUGCCAGCCUUGUAAAGCAAGACACAGCAUCGUCUUGGCUCUGUCUGGACCACAACGUUCAGGUUGGAUUUUGUCCAACGACGCUGUCACACUGCCCAUGCACAUCAAUGAAGCUCUCAUACGGAAAAACAGUCAAAAUGAUGAGAUGAAAUCGACCUUUAAUGCAGAAAUAUUUUUAGAGGAAUAUCAGUUUUUCACUUUUUCCCUGUGUAUUAUUAAUUAGGCCUAUAACUGCUAAUCAAACAAUGAAACUCAAGAGUCCACUCGUUUAAUAAUAACAGUGCUAUGUUAUAACAUCAAUGAACAAAAAUAUUUUAUACAUUUGUUAAAAUUCUGAAAUGUCUAAAUUACUUUCAUAACGUUAUUUGAUUGGUGUUUUUUCCCCAUUCUUGCUGAUUUUUAUGGUGUUUUUUUUAUUUGUCAUUGCACUCACUGUUAUGAGUGCUUUGAUUCAUAACUCUGGACCAGUAUAAUGAAAUAUUUACUUGCCUUGAGACUCAUAAACACAUUUCAGAGGAACGGCAUGAUUUCACGCUAUCACAAACAUUUUAAAGCAUGAAGUGCACUGCCUGUCAUUGCCUGUCACUUUUGGUAUGUUCAUAAUAUAUUUUAGUUUCUCCAGUAGACAUACUUUGCCACUCUUACCAGAUGAAUAGGUAAAUAAGGCAUAUAUCCCAUAAUAAUGUCGAAAUCUACAGGGGAAAAACGUAACUAUGAUUCCGGCCUAUUUUUGUUGAUAUUUAUAUGAGCAUGCGGCAAUGCAUCAUUAAGAUAAUAAACAAUUAACAUUGGUGUGAUAGCUACACAAAUAUAUCACAUAAAGUAAAAUGUUAUCAAAUAAGGACUGGCUGAUUGUCUCUGCAAGCAAAUUGGGUUUAUGGGCAAAGCCCUCAUGAUUAUCCUAAUUAAGAGCUGUCUAAUUAAAUUAUUGUCUUGAGCUAACCAAUAGCAAUAGUUGUUUCAUUAGCAAUGCAUGAAGAGUGAUGAAUAACAAAUCCUUCCUGAUUGCAGGAUAGUGUCAAUUGGCUCAUUUGCUCUUACUCAAGGUGACUGAAAACAUAGGAAGGCGAUUUUUUUGCGUUUCUUAUAUAGAGUUAGGAGUGGGCAAAAGCUUGCGAUUCCAUAUAGGUUGUGUUAAUAGUGUUGAGAGCCAUGCAGCUCGAGAAUUGCACUAGUGAGCUCUCCAAGAAAUGUCUGAAUGUGGGCAGUGGCUACCCAAGCUCCGAUGGAUCUGAGCUCUCCUUGCAGGACCAUCGUAUUAUAUCUGCUAGUGACAACCUGGAGAGAAGUUCAACUCUGAAAAAAAAAUCCAGGGGGAUGACGAACCAGUCAGAGGCAGACAAUUUCCCGGACUCCAAGGACGCAUCAGGGGACGUCCAGAGAGGCAAACUCUCUCCUGAUCUUCACGGAGUCUCUGAAAUUCGUCAUAAUUUCGAUGGAUCUACAGGAGAAAGGUAUAUCCUUUCGCAAUCUAGCCAACCACAGUCAGUCUCAGCAACUCCAAGUACUAUGUUCCCCUAUCCGAGUCAACAUGGACCAGCGCACCCGGCUUUUUCUAUCGGGAGUCCGAGUCGUUAUUUGGCCCACCAUCCAGUCAUCACUAAUGGAGCGUACAAUAGUCUUCUGACCAACAGCUCUCCGCAAGGCUACCCAACCGCGGGUUAUCCAUACGCACAACAGUAUGGACACACUUAUCAAGGAGGGGCGUUCUACCAGUUUUCCUCGGCGCAGGCUGGGCUGCUGCCUGGGAAAGCGCAGGUAUAUCUGUGCAACAGGGCCCUGUGGCUGAAGUUUCACAGACAUCAAACAGAGAUGAUAAUCACCAAACAAGGACGACGAAUGUUCCCCUUUUUGAGUUUCAACAUUUCUGGUCUGGAUCCGACGGCGCACUACAACAUAUUUGUGGAUGUUAUUCUUGCUGAUCCAAAUCACUGGCGAUUCCAAGGUGGCAAGUGGGUACCAUGUGGCAAAGCGGACACCAAUGUGACAGGAAACAGGGUGUACAUGCACCCUGACUCUCCAAACACCGGUGCGCACUGGAUGCGCCAAGAAAUCUCAUUUGGAAAGCUGAAGUUAACGAACAAUAAAGGAGGCUCAAACAACACCGGACAGAUGGUGGUUCUACAAUCGCUUCACAAGUACCAGCCCAGACUCCAUGUGGUGGAAGUCAACGAAGACGGAACUGAGGACUCCAGCCAACCUGGAAGAGUACAGACGUUUACCUUCCCAGAAACACAGUUCAUCGCAGUCACAGCUUACCAGAAUACCGAUAUUACCCAGCUAAAAAUCGACCACAAUCCAUUUGCUAAAGGAUUUCGGGACAACUAUGACACUGUCUACACAGGUUGCGACAUUGACCGGUUAACACCAUCCCCGGGUGACUCGCCUCGCUCUCAGAUCAUGCCUGGUGCGAGAUAUGCCAUGGCUGGUUCUUUCCUACAGGACCAAUUUGUCAACAGUUAUGCCAAAUCUCGCUUUCACCCUGGCGUAGGGACUGGACCUGGCACGGACCGCAGCGUCCCACUUAGUAACAGCUUGCUAUCCCCGCAACAAACCGAAGAGACCACAGUUGCAUCCCCGCAGCGAUGGUUUGUCAACCCUGCCAAUAACCGACUGGACUUUGCCGCCUCUCCAUACGAUGCUGCCGCGGCUGCUGAUUUUGCCGGUAACGCGGCCACCCUGCUGUCCUACGCAGCAGCUGGAGUAAAGGCACUUCCACUGCCCACUACAGGGUGCUCAAACAGACCUCUAGGUUACUAUGCCGACCCUUCCGGCUGGGGGACACACACACCACCCCAGUACUGCAGUAAGUCUAGCUCUGUGCUCUCUUGCUGGCCUACAAAUUCUGUUGGCAGAACAGGCACGUCCAACUACCUGGUUGAUAACGCGGACACCAUCCCAACAGAAAGGUCACCCAUCGGAGGGUCUAACGAGGCAAAACCAAAAGACUUAUCCGAAUCCAGCUGGAUAGAGACGCCGUCUUCAAUCAAGUCGAUUGAUUCAAGUGAUUCUGGUAUCUUUGAGCAAGCUAAACGGAGAAGAAUUUCACCGUCUGCCACACCGGUUUCGGAAACAGUGUCCCCGUUGAAAUCUGAGAUCUUGCCUCCAAGAGAGUGUGAGAAAAAUUGCGUCAAGGACAUUGGUUACUAUAGUUUCUAUCCACACAGUUAGACAACCACAAAACGAGUGUUCUAUUUAGAUAAAUCUAUCUUUAUAUGCAACUGAUAAUAUCCAACUGAUAAGCCGAUCAGUUGUAAUGCACACCCUGUCUUGGACCAAUAUCGACGAACGAUUAAAAAAUGUCGGCUUGUAGCGCAUAGGCCUACUGGGGAAAUGUAGGCGACAUUUACAUUUAACAUGAUAAGUUUGCUAUCUAAUAGCUGAAGGCCUACAUACAGUAAUCUAUUUAUUUCAUUUAAACUAGUUUUAAUCAACAGCUUAUUGUCUAUUGUAAUUAUGAAAAUGAUGUACAUAAUAAGCUAUUGAACCAUUUUGUCAUAUUGUGAAAUGAUUGUAAACUAUCGAAUUGAUUUGUAAGAUUUUGAAGAGUAGAAAUAGUUGUUAGUUGUGUUUUAAAAACGCACAUCGUAGGCCUAUGAUAUAGUCAAGUGAUCUCAUACAAUGUGAUAAAUAAACGAUUGAGAGAGAGUCUAUGAUGGCUAUUUCGUUGUGUAACAGAGUGAGAUCUGAGUCCAUGUAGCCUAAUAAUUUAUGUUCCCAUUGUGGUACUCUUUACCCAUAAUGUUCAAUCACAGUGUCAGUAGAAAACAUUCAGAUGUUAGACAUUUGAGGGCACAGCCAUUUGAUCAAACUCAAAAUAAGACAGACAUUCAUUAUAGGUGUGGUAAUAAACGGUAUACAUGUUAAUAAAGUGUCAUUUUUACUACAUUCAUAAGAGAAAAAGCAUGUAAUUUUCAAGUCUUUCUCUGACCAUCCAUACUUUUUUUAUAGAUUGUGUUUUAUGUGGAAGCUUCUGUAUCUGCUGUAAUGUGCUUCAUUGCAAUAAACGAUAUAAAAGCUAA